UAGUAUCUAGUUUAGAAGCAAAGUUAGAAGAUUUCAGAAUUCAUCAGAAAUCUAUUAAUAUCAGGAAUAAAAGAACCAGAAAUUUUUCACCUAGAGGGAAGAAUCCUCAAGGCUUAAUGGAGAUUCCUGUUGGCAGCACAAGAGCCCAAGUCAAAAGUCUCAGUCCAAUAAGGCUUGGGCAAAAUUCUCGUCAGAUAAACAACAGAGUCAAGAAGAAAUUCCGCAAAUACCUGCUUGAAGAUUAUAAGAGCAUCGCUAAGAUUUUUCUAGAAAUGCUGGCUCUUCUCCAGACCGAAGCUGAUCUCCACCCUGGCUCUUGAAGCAGAAAAUAACUUCAUUGACUCUUACAGAUCCAAGAUUAAUACCUUAUGAGAGUAUCCGGAUGACCUUCUCGAUGAGAUUAAGCCAGAGAAUGCGAGUUCAGUCUGAGACCUGACCAUCUCAGCUUUGGAGAGAAGACUGAGUAUAGCUCAGAACCACCAUGAAAGCAUCCAACAUGCCUUUCAGCGCUAUGAAAGAUCUGAAGCAAAAAUAAGAAAGGAGAGAAGUGAGAAUCGGGGCUUGUUAGAAAGCUUAAGAAAAGAAAUUUUUGAGAAAGAUAAUAACAUUGAUAAUUUACUCGAUCAGGUUGAAGUUAUGCAACACAAGCUCAAGCUUAAGCAAAGCAAGGUUGACCUGUGUCGAAGUUAUAUGCUAGAGGUUCAAGAGUCGCCCGAAGUUUCAGAAGAAAAGAAAGGAUUUGCCACUGAGCUUCUCAAUAAGUUGGAGAAAGAAGUUUCCAUAAAUUCUAAAGAUGACUUUGACUAUGAUAAAAAUAUGAGCAUUCAUGAUGGAAAUCACUGAAGCCAUCUCUGAAUUGAACAAAACAAGAAGUGCUUUGCAACUAAAUGCUUUAAUCAAUAUUACGGUUUACUCGAUAAACUUGAAGAAUUAUUAAUUUGCCCAAUCAGUUUCGAGCUAGUAAAGAAGCCUGCCAUAACUCCAUCAGGAAACCUUGUAGACACUUCAGUAAUUGAAAGACUAAUACAUGAAAGAAAGCGGGACCCCUUCGACCGUAGCCUUCCUCUAUCCCGCCUCACACCCAACAGGUCCGCUACAGAAGUGCUAAAUCUAAUCCAACACUAGCUCUCAACAGAAGGUCACCUGUCU